ACGAAAUAGUCGGGAAUAAUUAAUUUAAUUCAAUUGGUACCGAACCAAUUCACCGGAGAGAUAAUAUGAAUACGCCGAAGUCACUCUCGGCGGCGCGUGGACGCGUGUUACCGUUUUCAGAGAAGGAGAAAACGGAAGAAGAGUCUGGAACACUGGAAUCGAGUCUCCUACAGCUAAUUGAUGACAAUCGUCGAUCGUCGUUACAGCUCCGGGAAAAAACCGAGAGAUCGAGGAAGGAAGCGAUCAGACACGCAGCGAGAACGGCGGAUCUUCUUGUGAAGGCGGUGAACGGAGGAGUAGAAGAAUGUUUCGUGAACGAGAAACGGAUUGAGUCGGAGAUUAGGAAUCUUGCAGUUACGGUGGCGAAAUUCGGCAAACAAACGGAUCAAUGGCUUGCCGUCACUCACGCCGUUAAUAGCGCCGUUAAGGAGAUUGGAGAUUUUGAGAAUUGGAUGAAGACGAUGGAGUUUGAUUGUAAGAAAAUCACUGCGGCGAUUCGCAACAUUCAUGAAGAUCAAUAAGAGCAAAUUGUUGUGAUUCAUUCACUUGUUGGUGUUUUUGGUAUAGAGUUCUUAUAGCCAUUGAUGUUGUAUACCACUUCUUUAGUGUUUCUCUGUUUGAGUAGUGAAACAGAUUGGAUCAAAAGAGUUUGAUAGUCUACUCAAAGCAAAAACAUGAACUACUCUUUUCGCCUUUUCGGAAUCGUUACUGAGAUCCUCUGGGAAUUUCUCGUAGACUUCGGACGCGUUGAAUUCACUGUUUCCUGAUGAGAAUAUGGCAUCUACUGUUUUCUUGAGCAGGCUCUCUCUCAAACGCACGAAGAUCAUGCUGCUCAAGCGGACAUUUGCUUCUUUGAGCUCUUGUGUUUGUUUUACCGUUUACGUUCAGUAUCCUUGGUGGUUAACUGCGGUUUCAAUCACGGCCGCCAAUUUUGUGGACGUUAUAUUCUUUAUCGUUCUCGACUUCCUGGCACUUGUUUAACUGCUCUACUCUAGCUUUUGUCAGUUGAGCACCACCAAGCUGAAUCGUCUUUCUUCGUUCUUGUUAUUUCUUUGGUUAGAGUGCUCUUUGUCUAGCUACAGGUUUACCUAUUUGCUAAGUGAGUUGGGGUUGUCCUUUUGAGUGUUCAAGAGAUUUUCUUCGGACUUCUCAUCUUCAUAGGCUUGUUCUUUAGCCUGAGUAGGCUUCAUCAUGUUCUGAUGUUCAUGUGCCUUAUCAGACAGACUAUCCCUUUUUGACCUCUUUUGCUGAGUGUGUGCGGUUAGGCUCGUCUGCUAUCAUACUCUUUU